UUCUCCUGCACCGUCUUUGCCUUCGGGCAGACCGGCUCGGGAAAGACCUACACCCUGAUGGGACCCCUCGCCCAGAGCCAGACCCGUCCGGCGGCCCCGGGGCUGCUGGGGCUGAUGCAGAGAUCCUUCUCCUGCCUCCUGGAGCAGAGCCGGAGCCGUGGCUCUGACCUGGUGCUCAGUGCCUCCUACCUGGAGAUCCACAAUGAGCAGGUCCGGGACCUGCUGAGCCCGGGGCCACCAUGUGCCCUGCCCCUGCGGUGGAGCAAGACCCGUGGCUUCUAUGUAGAGAACCAGCUCAGUGUGGACUUCGAGAGCCUGGAGGCCAUCACUGACCUGCUCCUGCAAGGAUCCCAGAGGCGACGGACCUCAGCCCAUGCCCUCAACAAGCACUCGAGCCGCAGCCACGCUCUCCUGACCAUCCACAUCCGCAGCCGGGCUCCCAGCACCUGCCCCAGCAAGCAGGGCACACUGUGCUUCGUGGACCUGGCUGGCAGCGAGCGAGUGAAGGAGACCGGCUCCAGUGGGGAGCUCUCUGUGGAGGCCAACAACAUCAACCGCAGCCUCCUGGCACUGGGACACUGCAUCUCUCUGUUGGCCAAACCCCAAGGGAAGCGGAUGCACAUUCCCUACCGGGACAGCAAACUGACCCGGCUGCUGGCCCGUUCUCUGGGUGGCUCGGGAGUCACCCUGAUGGUCGCCUGCAUCUCCCCAUCCUCACACUGCCUCUCGGAGACGCUGAGCACGCUGCACUAUGCCAGCCGAGCCCGAAGGGUCACCACCAGGCCCCUGGUCAACCGGGUGUCCCGGGAGAAGCUGCUGCAAACCUUGGAGCAAGAAAUCCAUGCCCUGCAGCUGGAAAACCUCUCCCUGCGCCAGCAGCUGUGCCUGCCCAGGGUGCCAACAAGGAGUACAGAGGUCCCAGGGACCCCCCCAAAGGUGGGGGCAUGGCCGGGCUGGGGAGGCAGGUACGGCCCUGCAGGGCAGCUCCCAGUGGAGGGAGCCCCAGCCUGGCCCAGCCUCUACGGGCUCCUGCGGGACUUUGUGGUGGAGAAUGAGCAGAUGAGGCAGCCCCGGUUGUCCCCAGACCCCAGUGGUGACAUCCCAGCUGGCCCAUCCUGCAGAGCCACCUGCAGCUCCUGUGACAGCCAGACCCUGCUCCAGAAUGCCCGCACCCCUCGUGUGCCCCCUGGACACCCUGCGAGGCUGCAGCAGCCUGACAUGACACUCUCCUCCAGCCCCCGGCUGCCAGUGAGCAUGGGGGAUCUCGGGCUCCACAGGCAUCCCCAUGUGGGGGUGAGGAUGCACAAGCCACCCACCCUCUGCCACCCCCUCUUGCAGAAGCUGCCUCUCACCUCCAGCCAGCCCGGCUGCCCAGGGUGCACCCAGGGCUGCCCCAAGCUGGCUGACGCCAUCAUGUCCCAGGUUCUUCCAGGGCCCCCUGCACCACAACCCGUCCCUCCAGAGGGAAAUGCCACCGUCCUGCUGCCCAGCCAGGACAUGGUUCUAUCCGGCUCCAAUCAGCUCCCCAGGCACCCUCAGCCCCACCAGGGAAAGCGGAGCUGGGGCAGGGGCUUGUCUCAGUGGCACCCGCUCCCCCGGGAGCUGCCAGGUCCCGAGCACUGUUUCAGCCCCGAGGGAAGGGUCAUCCCUUCAGCACCACCGUGGCCAGGACUGCCAGAGCCCCGAGUGGGAAGAGGUGCCAGACUGGCUGGCAGAGCAGAUCUGAGCAGCCACAGCCACACCGUGGAUGGGGCCAGGAGCAGCAGAGACCUGGCACAGCCCACGCACAGUUAAUACACCUGGAGGGACAAACAGAGCCCUUGGGGACAUGGGGAUC